CCCACGGAAGAACUUUGGUGUUUGUGUGUGUGUGUGUGAUGGCUUCCUCCGGUUGACACAGAUUUCCUCCAUUGGAAGAAGAAAAAGGUCGAAGAAACAAAAGAGCAGUUCAAAACCUCCCCCAAAAGAAAAAUCAGCUUUUAGCAAUGGCUGACAUUUGCGAAGUGGACACUCACAUCAGCAAACGCUACGAUGUCAAGAAGCGGCUCGGCAAAGGCGCGUACGGGAUCGUCUGGAAGGCAAUGGACAAGAAGACGGGCAGCGUCGUGGCCGUCAAGAAAAUAUUUGACGCUUUCCGGAAUCAAACCGACGCCCAGCGAACCUUCCGUGAAAUCAUGUUCCUGCAACAUUUUGGCGAUCACCCCAACAUAAUCCGAUUGCUCGACGUCCAUCGGGCCGAUAACGACAAAGACAUUUACCUCGUUUUCGAAUACAUGGAUACGGACCUUCACAACGUCAUCAAACGGGGCAACAUCUUGAAAGAAGUGCACAAACAAUACAUUUUGUAUCAGCUGUUCCGGGCGACCAAGUACCUGCAUUCCGGCAACGUGAUUCACCGUGAUCAAAAGCCUUCGAAUAUCCUGUUGGACGCCGACUGCCGAUGUAAGAUAGCCGAUUUUGGUCUGGCCAGAUCUUUGGUGCAGGACGUCUCCGAGGACGGCCAGACUGACAACGUGAUGACCGACUAUGUGGCAACCAGAUGGUAUCGGGCGCCGGAGAUCCUGCUGGCAUCCAAACGGUACACGAAAGGCGUAGACAUGUGGAGUUUGGGUUGCAUUUUAGGAGAGAUUUUACUUGGCCAGCCACUUUUCCCUGGCACCUCGACGCUCAAUCAGCUGGAAAAGAUUAUGGCCUCGAUCCCUCCACCUUCUAGAGAAGAUAUACAAUCACUCAGUUCCGGCUAUGCGUCGACUUUGCUGGAGAAAUCCAUGAUGGUCCCCAAACAGCCGCUGCGGACCCUUUUGGCUUCGGCGCCGGUCGACGCCGUGGAUUUGCUGGAAAAAUUGCUCGUCCUCAAUCCUCACAAGCGGUUGACAGCCGAGCAAGCGCUGGAACAUCCUUACGUCAAAGCCUUCCACAAGCCGGAAAGGGAACCGGCGCUGGAUCACGACGUUGUGCCGACGCUGAGCGACGCCAUUCAGUUGACGGUGGACGAGUACCGGACGAAACUCUACGAAGUCAUUGCCCACCAGAAACGGGCGGAAAUGCGCGAGCAGUCGCCUUUCAAAUUCAUCCGCGAUCCUAAUGAAUCGUCGCCCAAGGGUUCGCCUAAAGAGACGCUGAGCAAAACGAUGCCGAAAACCAAAUCCAGCGUCGACAUUUCGUCGACGGAAUCGCGCGUCCAUCAUCAUCAUCACUCCAAGUCGAGGCACAGCAGCGUCGUCAGCAUUUCAGCGCCGGCCGAUCCUUCCGGCAGUUCGUCACGUAACAACAACCGCUCGACGACGGUAGUUGACAUCCCCCGCCCACCGGAUCGGAAACUGGUCAGUCGCCAUUCAGACGGAGAAGUCAUCCGGAGUAAAGAGAAAUCGUCGUCGAAUAAAAUGGCCACCACGGCCAACAAAUUGUCGUCGGCGGCCGCCGCCGCUCUCCCGCGAUCCUAUUCUGGUCAUUGCUUAGUCAAGUACCACAUGUCCAAUUCGUCGACCGAUUCGGAGCCCAGCAAAAAUUCUCCGUUGAAGUCGAGCUGUUCCGCCACUCACCUCCUUUCGGCCAGCAUGGAACAGAAUUGCAAUGUCAGUAGUAAUACUUCAAAUUGCCGGGCGACGACGGCAGCAGCGUCGACCAGCACCAGUGUUCACCCACCGGUUCGUUCAGCCGCGCCGAGCGUGGCGGCCACGACGACCGCCUCGAGAUUCGCCAGCCGCUAUGGGAAGAAUCUCUUCAGCCGGAGUCUAGAUAAUCCCGUCAUUACGCGCACCGUGACCGCUAUCCCACGGGCAACUUCGGCUGAGAAGGCGCUGGGCAGCGCCACGACGGGCGUAGGUGGAGGUGGACGCGACAAUAAAAUCCCACGUCCAGCCCCGACGUUUGGCAAGAGGCAAUUCACUUCGUUAAACAACGUGUCGAACUUGGCCACCGCUGCCGGAGUAGUUGGUGGGGGCGGAUCCGGCAUAGUUGGCGGAAUAACAGGAACCAGCAAGUUCGUUUCCUCGCACGGCACCAUCACGGCAUCUGCUUUGCAAGAAUUGCGUCAGAGUAUCAAAUGACGACGACGACGACAAAAAUCAAUGGAAUUAGACACUAGACGACGACGACGUCUUUUUAAUUCAAUUUCCGUAAUUCGAAAUGGGUGAUAUUUAAUAGCAUAUUGAUUUAGGUCUCUUAUAUAUUUCCCAGCUGCGACUCUUUUUAGGUCAUCGAACGUGGGAAACCAAAUCUCCUCUAACGGGGCUGAACUAACUGAUACAACUCCUCGAUCCACUUGCCAUACGAAAGAAAAGAAAUAACUAAAAUUUGAUACGAGACUCUAGUCUAUACAUUCGAUCCCCCAUAACCCCUCCGCGCGCCCAGCACUUUUUGUUUUCAAAAAAUAAUAUCUUAUUUUGGUGUAUGACCAGGUAUCUCAGGUUCAUAUAAUAUUUGUCAAAUGAGCAAAGCAGGGAGAUGCGACGAGUCCUCCAUAUCCAGCGGCCUCGUCUUUUUUUUUUAAAUUUCCUCCCUCCUUUCGUUUUUAUUAAUUUGGUCCGACAGCUCUGCAAUCCUCGAGGCCGGCUCCUUAAUAAUUCUUGUCAAGACUAGACGACGCGCAAAUUGUGUUUGUAGAUAUAGUAUAAGCGAUAUAUGAUUUAGUCGUAAACUAGGUAGCAAUUGCUCACGCCACACACACACACCACAACUUUCCGUGUUUGGUCGAUGAUUUGACAGUCGUCCAAUCGACUGAUGUAUUUGGAUUUUAAGAAAAAAAGGUAGAAAAAGAAACAACAAUAAUUUCACGUAUUUUUUCUGUGAGUUAGUUCCUCAUGUUCCACCCUCCCGUAACUCUUUUUUUUUCUCCCCCCCUCUUUCAUUGUCCGGCGCGGAAGUAAUGCAUUUUCAUUCCAGGAAAACCAUCCGCAUGCGGAAUUACCACGCCCAUCCAGAUGUACAUAUAUAAUAUAGGUUGGGAUAUAGACGAGCGCUCAUUUCACCCCCCCUCCCGACUAUACCACUGUUCCUCCUGUGUUGUUUAUUCUCUCUCUCUUUAUUUGAGGAAAACGAGAAAAGGCAAUUCAAUCACUGACUAGACUCGAAAGUUUUUUGGGUCGAUAACCUAAACAUGCAUAUAAUAACUUUGUAGUUUCAUCGGAUACACAUGUGCUAUAGACUGCUGCUAUUUCGUAUAUACACAGGCCACCGCCGGCGAUGACGAUGUAUUUUUCCAAUCAAGUAUAACAUUGACGAGUCGAGCCAUAAUAAUAUAAUAAUAAAUUGAAAGACAACACAAAAAA